AUGUCGGUCAACGACUACGAGAAACAGCAGUAUGCUGUCGCUGGCGAGACGCCUUCUGACCAUGCUGUUGGAGACGUCACCGAUACCAAAGGCAAUGCCAUCAACGAGGCCGCUGGUGUGUACGGCUCAGUUCAGAAAGCCGAGGACUAUGGCUACGUUCAGAGAGGCCUCAAGUCGCGCCACAUCCAGUUCAUCGCACUCGGAGGUACCAUCGGUACCGGUCUGUUCCUCGGUAUCGGUAAAGCUUUCGCCAACGCUGGUCCUGUCUCUGUCCUCCUUGGUUACACCAUUACAGGUGUUGCUGUCUUCGGUAUGAUGCAAUGCCUCGGUGAGAUGGCCACUUGGCUUCCCCUACCCGGUGCUAUUCCCCAGUAUGCUGCUCGCUAUGCGGAUCCUGCUCUUGGUUUUGCCGUCGGUUGGAACAAUUGGUACAACAGCUCUAUCACGCUCUGCGCUGAGAUCUCUGCUGCCGCUCUGCUUAUCAACUUCUGGGAUCAAGAAGAGAAGUACAACCCUGCCAUAUGGAUCUCCAUCAUCAUUGUCAUCAUCGUCUUUCUUAACAUCUUCGCUGUUUCGAUUUACGGAGAAGCUGAAUUCAUAUUCGCGUCCAUAAAGAUUAUAACGAUCCUGGGACUGCUCAUUGCUGGUCUGGUCAUCAUGCUUGGUGGAGGACCAGACCAUGACAGGCGAGGGUUCCGCUAUUGGAAAGAGGGCGCUAUGAAGGAAUACGUUGGUACUGGUAGUACUGGUCGCUUCACCGGUCUUUGGUCUACCCUUGUCAACGCUGCGUUCUCUUACGGUGGUGUUGAAAUGGUUGCAGUUGCUGCUGGUGAAGCCGCCAACCCUCGCAAGAACAUUCCCAAGGCCGUUCGACGUGUCUUCUGGCGCAUCCUGUUCUUCUAUGUUCUAGGAUCGUUCAUCAUCGGUACCACCAUCAGCUCGAACGACCCUCAACUUACCGAUGACAACGCCAAAGGUGCCCAGUCAUCGCCUUGGGUCAUUGCGAUGAAGAAUGCUGGUAUUCCAGUUCUUCCCCAUAUCGUCAACGCUGUCAUCUUGACUUCCGCUACCUCUUCCGGCAAUGCUUUCCUGUACACCGGUUCCCGUUAUCUCUUCAGUAUUGCCCAAAACGGCCAGGCUCCCCAGUUCCUUCUCAGGUGCAACAAGAAGGGUGUACCAAUCUACGCUGUCGCAGUUACUGCCUCCAUCUCCCUACUCACAUACAUGAGUGUCAGCGCUGGUGCCAACAAGGUGUUCGGGUGGUUCCAAAACUUAACCACAAUCGCAUCGCUCUUCACCUGGUGCACUGUCACGUACACAUACACUCGGUUCCGGAAAGCAUGCAUUGCCCAGAACGUUGAUCGCAGCACCAUGGUCUUCGCGAGCAAAUGGCAACCUUACGUCGCAUGGACUGCCUUUACCUACUUCGCUCUCAUCAUUCUCUUCAAUGGCUUCAAGGUUUUCACCACCACACCUUGGGGACCCGAUGAGUUGACCGACUUCUUCACAGCAUACAUUGGUGUUGCGAUCUUCGGUCUCUUGUUUGCGUUCUGGAAAGUCUUCAAAAGGACCAAGAUGGUCAACCCAGCGGAGGCAGAUAUUUGGAGCGGUAAAGCGGCACUUGAUGCGGAGGUUUGGCCUGAGCAGAUCCCGCGUAACGCACUUGAGAGAUUUUGGUUCUGGUUAUGUUGA